CUAUAGGCAAUAAUCGAAGAAGAGAUAAAAAUAUCCCUAAUAAAUAUUCGAUAACCUUAAAAGGAGGCUAAACUAGUUAUACUUUUUAUUCAUCAAUAUUAUUAUUUAAAAACCUUUUUCAUAAAAAUAGAAAAAAUAAUUUUUAACCCAGCAGCCUCAACAAGCCUUUCACAACAAGAGAUGCUAUGAAACCCUCCAAGGGCAUGAUCUAAAACCUUUAAACUACGAUACUUACUAAUUUUCCCAUGUCUAGUAACAUUUAAAACAAUUAUAUUACAUAUCUUAACAUACCUUAACAUUAUUAAACAUAAUUCAACACCUUCAGCAUCAAUAAAUUUCUCUUUUCCUUCCUGUUCUUCUAAAAGAGAACAUAAACAGUCAAAGAUAUUUUCUACGAAUUCCUCCUCAAUAUCUUUUACAGGGUCUCUUUUACGAUAAGGGCUAAGAAUAUGUAGAAAUAUAUCAACUCCAUUCAAAUCAAUAAUUUUUUUGCGAAUAAAGGAACUUGAUGACGAAAUUCUUUUAUUUGAAGUCUUUGAAGCAACCAUUCCAAAAUAUUCGUAGAAGAAACAGCAUUUUCAGAAAAAGUAUGAGAGAAUGAAGAAAUAUUCUCAAGAAUACCUAUCAAUUAAUUAACCGCAACAAAAAAAACCAAACAUACUCAAAACAAGAAACACACCACGUCUAUCUGACUCAUUAAACUCAUUGAAACGAGUCAUAUUAUCCGUCAAAGCAUUAAAUAAUUGAGCUUCUAUCUUAAACAAUUAGAAAACAUAUUCUUUAUAUUUUAACAUACCAAUGAAUUUAUCAACAAUUUCAUUUGAUUUUCAUUAUGAUCAAUAUCAUCAUCUAUUAAUUCGUCAAGUAACUCCAAUACACUUAUAGCAAUAUCAGCAUUUUCAUGAGACAAAAGACCAAUCAAUGAUUUAUAACAUCCUAAACGUAAUAUUUCAGAAUAUAAUUCAGGAUAACCAGAAAGCACUGAAAGCGCCUUAAUUUCUGAAUCUAAGUCUGCUUCAGAGGAAAGAAAUCUACUCUCAUUAAUUUCUCUAUCACCUAAACAUAACUUUGCUACUUUUCAGGAUUUUCAGAAUACUUCAUUCGCAACUCCUGAUUUUUUGUAAUAGCUCUUUCAAGCUUAAGAACCAUUUUUUUAAGUGAAGACGCAUCAAUUUUUUCUUGCUUUUGAACUUUAAACUUAAUUUUUAUAAUAUACUCUUACAUACUUCAAUAGCUUCAUUUUUGUCAUUUUCAUCAAUAAAGUCCAAUAUAUCUUCUUGUCCUUUGGUUAAACCUCCACCAAAAAAACGCUCAUCUUCCUCCCCAACCCCAUAAGAUACUGAAUUAUCUAAAGUAUUACCAAAUCCUGUAUUAUUUCUACCAUUUUUUUCAACAUAAGUAUUUUGAAUAUUUUUAAACGUUUCUGUUGGAUUAAUAGGAACAAUUUUCCUCUUUUUUAAAACGGGCUCAGGCUUCUAAAAUACUAUUAAAUAAAGAAACAGAAUAUGUAUAAACAACCUUAAAUAAAUCAUCAAUUUCCAUAUUUUUUUUAAAAAAAGAGCCGAUAACCACCGACUUUAAUUAACCCUCAUCAAAAUAACAGUUACAAAAGCUAUUCAUGGCAUCCUACAACCAAUCCUACCCAUACUAUGGGCAAAAUUCCUCGUCGCAGAUGUAUCCAAUGAUACCUCAAAUACAUAAUCCUUUUCAACGACCAGGACAACUUAAUUUUUUUAUGACACCAGAAGAAGCAGCUAUUGCGGAGCAACAGUCUAUUUAUUCAUCUGAGAAUAGGGAAAAUGCUAAACUUCGUCAUCAAGCACGAUGGCAAGGAAAAGAAAAACGAAUAACAGUAUUGAGAGAAGGAGGAGGCUCUGUAUGGGAAGAUCCAAGCCUUCUUGAUUGGAACCCAGCACACUUUAGACUUUUUGCAGGAGACCUUGGUGGAGAAGUUUCAGAUGAAACAUUAUUUAAAGCUUUUCAACAUUAUAAAAGUCUUAGCAAAGCAAAAGUAAUCAGAGAUAAAAAAACAGGAAAAAGUAAAGGCUAUGGAUUUGUUGCAUUUAAGGACCCGGAUGAAUUCGUAAGAGCAUGGAGGGAAAUGAAUGGUAAAUACAUUGGAUCACACCCAGUAAAGCUGCGUAAGGCAAAUACGGAAAUCAAAGCAGUAUCUAUUCAUCAAGAAAAACUAGAACAAAAGAAAAGAGCAAGUAGAUAUGAACAAGAAAAAAUUCAAAGUGGUAGAAUAAAUAAAAAAAAGACAAAAACAAAACGAUGAGUUUUAUUAAAAAAUCAGAU